AUGGGUCAGAACCUCAACGAGACUGUUGGAGCGCUGCUCCUAGGGUCGCUCUUCACCGCAGUAGGGUACGGGAUCACCACUAUGCAGACGUACAUGUACAUGACCCGAUUCCCGAAAGACCCCAAGAUCAUGCGAUAUACUGUCUGGUCGCUCCUCAUCCUCGAUACAACCCAUAUAACGCUAAGCUGGCACAUGGUCUAUUACUACCUCAUCUUGAACUACGACAACCCGCCUGCGUUAGAGCGCUCUGUUUGGAGCUUUGAUAUCACAGUCGUCGUCACCGCGGUCAUCACAGUGGUUGCGCAUUGUUUCUACGCACGACGAGUGUUCAUCCUGGGUGGUCGUCAAUGGUUCCUCACAAUAAUCAUUCUCUGCUUAUCCGCUAUGCGCCUUAUCUUCGGCACAAUCGUCACCGUGAGGCUAUUCCAAAUACGUGAACUCGCGCUUGUGCCCCAUAAGAUCGGGGUGGAGGUCGGAGUUGGUAUGGGCGCAGGCACCCUCGCCGAUUUCAUCAUCACCGUCUCGCUAGUGUGGUUCCUGCGCGGGCACAGGUCUGGGUUCAACAGCCAAACCGACAACUUGCUUGACAGGAUUAUAUUCUGGACGAUCAACAACGGUCUAUUGACAAGCAUUGUCGGUCUCGUCGUCAUCCUCACCUGCAUUAUCAUGCCUUACAACAUGAUUUACCUCGCCGUGCACCUCCUCUUGAGCAAACUGUACGCAAACGCGCUUCUGGCAACGCUGAACUUCAGAAAAUCGCAUCGCGGACGCGGUCUGGACGACGAGGACACCACGAUCCAACUCUCGGGGAUGAGCCGGGGGCGGCGCACGGAGAGUGGGCUGCAGUUCAGCGGGAAGGACAGCACGACUGCGCCCGUCGUGCACGUCGUGACGACCACUACGACCGACAUGCAGUUCGAGGGUAUGAGCAAGGUGGGUUCUCAUUCGGACAUCGACUUCGAUCGCGAAGAGAGCAUCCACCCCCUCGGCGGGCUCAAGGAAGAUGCAUGA